AUGGCCGGCUGGCUCGAUCCUGUCGUAGAGGAGAGGGAGGAGCUGGCUAUCCUCAAACUACAGCAUGUGACAGGCGGAUUGUAUAUGUGGGAGUUUCUCACACAUAUCAGCUUUGAUUGGAAGCUUGCUACCCGUCCAACGAAGUCGAGGUCGUCCUGGUGGGCCAGAGGAGCAUACCUCUCUGCACGGAUCCUUCUAGUUGCCACCUUCAUCGACAUCUUCGUUGGCCUCGAUGCCGGACACAAGAUUCACUGCAUGGUACAGAACACCCUGCUCUACGCUCUUCCGGCCUUGGCCGCACAAUCGGCAACGGUGUUGAUCGCCACCCGAGUUAUCGCAAUCUGGGAUUGCAGGCCGUCCUUGGUUCUUGUUUCAGUCGUCGGGCUCUUGGCACAAUUGUCGUUUGUUGUGUACACUCUGACGAAGGUCACUGCGGUAUGGGAUCCCGAGGACGACACCUGCAUGGUGGUAGCAACCCAAGUCGCGGCUCCGAUCAGCACGGCGCUUCUCUCGGUUGACCUCUGUCUACUGGGUCUGAUGAUCGUCGGUCUACUUCGUCGGCGAGAUGCACGCCAUUUCAGUCUCUGGCGGGUCUUGUGGGGACAAGGUUGGCUCUGGUUGACGGUUGCAACUCUUUCCGGCGUGCCUCCUGUGGUAUUCUUGUACCUCAACUUAAACCCCUUUAUGAACGUGAUGUUCCUUACUCCACAACUGCUCAUUUCUGUUGUCGGAGCGACGAGAUUGUACCGCUCGCUUGCUAACUUCACGCAUGGAAAAGACAACGAGUCCUUCCUUUUCAGCAAGUCGGUGCCAAGUAUCAUACGACCCACCAUCGCAAUUGGACGCGCGCAAACGCCUGUCAUCGAGAUAACUGUCGAGCGAACGUAUCUGCAGAGGGUCGAUGUAAAGUCAGUGCUAUUCACGACUAGGAUACCGCCAGGGUCGAGCUGGUCGGGAUCGCUUGACGACAUGUAG